AUGGAUAGCGAUAAAGAACUACAAAGGCUUUUAGAUGAAAGAUAAAAGCUAAAUGAUAAAAUUAACGAAUAUGUUAAAGAAAAGUAUUAAAAGUAUAAAGGUAUGAGCGAAGAGGUCAAGGAUGAUAACCCAUAUAGUCGUUUGAUGGCAUUGAAGAGAAUGGGUGUUGUUUAAAAUUACGAGAAAAUUAGAGAUUGUUCAGUUUUAGUUGUUGGUGUUGGUGGUGUAGGUUCAGUAUUAGCUGAAAUGCUUACUCGUUGUGGCUUAGGCAAAUUGAUUAUCUACGAUUAUGAUAAAGUAGAGUUAGCAAACAUGAAUAGAUUGUUUUAUACUCCUUAAUAAGUUGGUUUAUCUAAGGUCGAUGCAGCUAAAGGGACUCUUUAAUCUAUAAAUCCUGAAAUUACAAUCGAAGCUUACAACAUGAACAUUACCACUAACAGUGGAUUUGAGCACUUGUUAGAUAGAAUAAAGAAAGGAGGUAAGAAUGGCGAAAGAAUUAAUUUAGUAGUUUCUUGUGUAGAUAACUAUGCUGCUCGUAUGGCAAUUAAUACAGGUUGUAACGAACUUGACCAAAUAUGGUUUGAAAGUGGUGUAAGUGAAGAUGCUAUGAGUGCUCAUAUUUAGAUUAUGAUUCCAGGUGAAACUGCUUGCUUCGCAUGUGCUACACCUCUUGCUGUGGUUGAAAGUAACGAACACACAAUAAAAAGAGAAGGCGUUUGUGCAGCUUCACUUCCUACUACUAUGGGUAUUACAGCUGGUUUUCUUGCAUAAAAUGCCUUAAAAUUCCUUCUUGAUUUUGGUGACCUUGCUUUUGUUUUAGCUUAUAACGCAAAAGCUGACUUUUUCACCAACUAUAUGAUUAAGCCAAACUCUGAAUGCAAGGAAAACGAAUGUAGAAAAAGACAAGCUGAAAAGGCUGUUAAUAAAUAAGAAAACAUCCUUGAAAGACUUGAAUAAAGAAAGAAGGCUGCCAAGGAAGCCUUCGAAAAGGAAAAUAAACCCAGCGAAAACGAGUGGGGAAUCGAAAUAGUUGAUGAAUCAGGACCACAAAGUGAUUCCAAUAAAAAAGAUGAUGAUGUAAAGGAAAUUUCAGAAUAAGAAAUUGAGCAAAAUAAUUUGGACGAUUUGAUGGCAAAACUGUAAAAUAUGUGA